AUGUCGGAUUGGGAUAACGUUACAGUUAUUGGAAGAAAGGCCAAGAGAGGUUCAAGUGGUCCACGUGAGAAAGUUCUCAGAUCAAGUGGAGCACUUAACGCCGCCAGAAGACAAGGUGCGAUUACUGCAGUUGAAAAGAAGUACUAUGCUGGUAAUGUUAGAGGCGAUCCAGAGGGACAGCAUCUUACGAAGGUGGAUCGUUCCGAUGAUAUUGUCAUUCCAAAGAAAUUGGACAUGAAUGUCGGUAAAGCAAUCCAGAAAGCCAGACAGGAUAAGAAGUGGAACCAGAAGGAUCUUGCACAGAGAAUUAACGAAAAGCCUACAAUUGUUAAUGAGUAUGAGGCAGGAAAGGGUGUUCCAAAUCAGCAGGUCCUGGCUAAGAUGGAGAGGGCAUUAGGAGUGAAACUUAGAGGUAAGAAUAUUGGUGCUCCACUUUUCAAGAGAAAGAAGAAAUGA